AGUCAAUGCGGAAGUCCUCGUCAGGUUGAGUGUGCAUCACAGUAACUGAUCCGGUCGGCUUUCUUGGGCACAACUCGCCGCACUCCACCCGUCCAUUUCUCAGAGCAAACCAACUUUAACUUUCUUUGAUUGAAUAUUUCCGUAUUAACGAACAAAAUGCCUCUAAAGUUUGAGCUGUGUCCCGGCAGGAUGAUCGGAGGGAACCAUCCGUGCUUCAUCAUUGCUGAAAUUGGACAAAAUCAUCAGGGAGACUUAGAGACAGCCAAGAAGAUGAUCAAGGUGGCAAAGGUAAGGAAAUGAACAUUUAUUGAGUUCUCUUAAAUGUGGACGACAUACGUUUCAUUAAUCCUUAUUCAGACCAGUCUGAACGCAGCAAGAAGUGAAUGCAGUCAGAACUCGGUUUUAAAAAGUGCUGAAUUAAUAUUUGUGUCUCCACCACCCAUUAUAUAUGAAUCAUUUCAUAGAGAGGAAUAAAAACUUAGCGCGUGUCUCUUUCGGCUGUAUUUCUGGAAUCAAUCUUAGGUUUAGAGUUUGUAGAUUUUAGGCCUUAAAGCCUUAGUAAGUUGGUCUGGGUUCUUGUAAUAAGAUAUACAGACAUGUUGUAAAAGUGUAGAUUUAUGAAUGGUAUUUGGUUUGUCUCUGACGUCUUGCUGGCCACUGUAAACAGGUUAGACUUGUAGCCAACCUUUCCUAAUUAAGUCUGUGUUAAGUAUUAAAUAUCUCAUACUCAGUUAGGCUUUAUUCUUUUGGAAGACUCUUUUGUCGUUUACUGUGCCACGUUUUGGUCAUUUACGCCUAGAAUUUUUUUUAUUUAUUUUAUUUUUUCUUUAGGUGAAAAGAAACAAUAUACUGAUAUAUAUAUAUAUAUAGAUAGAUAGAUAGAUAGAUAGAUAGAUAGAUAGAUAGAUAGAUAGAUAGAUAGAUAGAUAAUAUAACCCUUUACAUCGUUGGUUUUAUUUCUCAAAAAUAUCUGUAUUUUAAAUUGUGUUUUUUUCUUAUUUUAUUUUCUUCUUUUUCUUUGUAAGGCGUCUUUGAGCACCUUAUUAAAGCGCAUUAUAAAUAAAAUAUAUUAUAAUUAUUAUUGAAAAGAUGUGUUGAGGUUAACAUGCUCAUGGAAAUCUCACCCUUUUGCAUGUUCAGGUCAUGGAGUAGAAAAAAAGAACAACAAUUAAAACACUAAGUGAUUAAAAAACCUGUGAGAUAAUUUUUUGUUUUACACAUUGAAUAUUUUCUCUCUUAUAACAAAUUCAAAACCAGCUUUCAGAAACCUCACUGUGGGUAAACAGGAGUAUUAGGAGCUUUUUUAAAUACUUUAUGAUGUGAAUCUAAAGGAUCCCGAAGGUUAAUAAUAAAAAAAGUUUUGUUAUGUUACCAAAGCUUAACCUUUCUUUCAAUUUUCCUCAUAUCCACCUUUCACAGGACUGCGGUGCGGACUGUGCCAAAUUUCAAAAGAGUGAAUUAGAGUUCAAAUUUAACAAGAGAGCCCUGGAGCGCCCAUACACCUCUAAAAACUCUUGGGGAAAAACUUAUGGCGAACAUAAGCGCCACCUAGAGUUCAACCAUGAGCAGUACAGGGAACUGCAGAAAUAUGCAGAGGAGGUGGGAAUCUUCUUUACAGCAUCAGGGAUGGAUGAGGUAAGAAAAAGACUUAAAUUUAAGGUUUAAUGACAAUUUAACAUUGAAAUUUUAUUUAAUAUACAGAGCCUUAACUUCUUCUGUAUUUAGAUGGCAGUGGAGUUCCUUCAUGAGCUCAAUGUGCCUUUCUUCAAAGUGGGCUCUGGGGACACCAACAACUUCCCCUAUUUGGAGAAGACUGCAAAGAAAGGUACAAUGUUUAAAACCAUCAGAUGCAUGUUUUGUUGCAUGAAUGAGCAUUGGAAGAGCAUAAGGUCUAGAGAGUAACAUAAAAGCAUAUAUGCUGGGUCACAAAACCUUACAGGAAAAUCUAGAGUGUUCAGUAACGCUAAUCGGGAAAAACUAUAAAUGGGAAAAAGUGAUCUUGGAUGUUGGUCUACUGGUGUUGAAUUGGACAGCUCUGUUAGACAUGAUGUUUACCUGUUCUGUCUCAGGACGACCCAUGGUGGUAUCCAGCGGAAUGCAGUCUAUGGAGACAAUGCGGCAAGUCUACAAAACGGUUAAGAAACACAAUGAGAACUUUGCCAUCCUGCAGUGCACCAGUGCCUACCCUUUGGAAGCUGAAGAUGUCAACCUCAGAGUGAUAGCGGUGAGAAGAUGACAGCAGCCAAUCUAUAUGUUUGCAGACUGUGUUUCUCUUUUAAAGGAUUCAUAGCUUGUCUUUCAAGACAUGAGAUACAAAAGACUCAAUUUCAGACACUUCCAGACAUGAGAUUAAACAGAAAGAGAUGACACAUUACUUUGUCUAAAUAACUACACUGGACCAAAACUCCUAAGUUCACAACUGAAUCAAAUCCUGUUCUAUAUGCCUCUGUGUUAGUCUUAAACCUGCUUUGAGUAACCUGUGGUUUCAAGCUAUUUUGGCACUCCCUGUGGACAUUCUUGUCCACAGGGAGUGCCAAAAUAAACUCGCCAGUCCACAACUGUAUCAAAUCCUGUUCUAUGUGUCGGUUUUUAAGUCUGGAUUAAUCCCACAAAGUGAAACUUGACCAAAAGAUUAGUGAGAAAUUUGGGUAAAUAUUCUAUUUCAGUGUCUGUGUAAUAGUUUCACAGAUCAAACACUCUCUUGUCUUUAAGUAUUUUCAACCAAGCUGACUGUUUUAUAAAUUAAACUUUCAUAAAUAGAUCAGUCUAAGAAGAAUGUGUACAUAAUGAGCUUUAAAUGUACUGGUAUACAGAUUUUCCUGUGUUUGGACAUCUCUAGGCUUGCUGUUUCCCUCUUUUUUCUAACCUCUGUGCUGGUCUUAAACCUGCUGUGAGAAACCUGUGGUUUCAAGCUAUUUUGGACAUUCUUGUUGCUUGCCCUGUGCAUGUGAAAACACUGUCUUCAGACACAUAACUCAUUCUGUUGUCUUUCAACAGUGAAAUGUAUCACUCACUGCGAGUACUUGUCCUGGACAAGUUCAAAGCGGCUGUUUCUUAAGCUUGCUGUCAAUCAUCUGGUCUGAAACCCAGUGCUCUUUUUUUCGCUUUUGAAGGUCAUUUAAGACACCAGCAGCAGUUUCAGGCUGACUCUCAUCUAGUUAAAAACUCUUCAUGGUGCCUUCAGGUGCACUUUAUUAGGUUCAUUUCCAAGAACAAUUUUAUGAAAAUUAAGAAAUGUUUUGAAGUCAACUAUUAAAUAUGUAGAUAUUCAAAAGAAAGCAUCAUUUUAUCCUUAAAAUAUCCUUGAGACAGCAUAUUGUUCGACAACAUUUUCACACAGUUACAUUAUAAGUCAAGUUUAAGAUUUAGUGAGGUGCUGAUUGGUGGUUUCAUCACAAUUAGAUAAAGUCAAGCUAAGUGUAUCCCCUGUUUCCGGUCUGUAUGCUGAGCUAAGGAAACUGACAGCUUGGUUGUGCUGUAAAUUUGACUGAGGAUUACUGCAGCAUAAGUUUUAUGAGGUUCAUUUUGGCAAGAUAGCAAAUAUUUAAUUUCUUAAGGACUGUAUUAUUCCUAGAGCACUUACACUUGCUUUGGCCACUUGUCACAUGCAGGAAUAUCAGAAGGAAUUUCCAGAUAUUCCCAUUGGAUACUCCGGCCAUGAGUCUGGGAUCAAUAUCUCAGUUGCAGCUGUCGCUCUAGGAGCCAAGAUUGUGGAGCGUCACAUUACACUGGACAAGACGUGGAAAGGGAGUGAUCACGAAGCCUCCCUGGUGCCCUCGGAGCUUACUGACCUGGUUCAUGCCAUCCGGCUGGUAGAGAGGUCGCUGGGGACUGGUCUCAAACGGAUGUUACCGUGUGAGAAGCCCUGUCAUGAUAAGGUUAGAUACCUCCUCCCCUGAGAAAAUGCACAGAAAUAUAAGUAUAAUGUGUAUUAAAUUUCACCCUAUUUUUUCUUUUCCAGCUGGGUAAGUCAGUGGUGGCCAAGACCAACAUCCCCAAAGGAACCACUCUGACUGAGGCAAUGCUGACAGUGAAGGUGGCUGAACCCAUGGGCGUCCCGGCUGAGGACAUCUACGAACUGGUCGGUAAGACCGUGCUGGAGGAUGUGAAGGAGGACGAGAGCGUCGUGCCAGAGGUGGUGGACAAGUACGGCAAGAAGGCCAAGUGUUGAUGUAUGUAGAGAGUUAUUGCACGGGUUAGGGAAGGCAUUUCAUUUAAAAAGUAAAGAAAGAAAUCAAGUGCUGUAUUCCUUGCAUUAAAGUCACUGCUGGUGUGCAACUUUUUUACAUAACUGGAGCUCAUUUCUUGGUUUGUCUUCAUAAAUUACAGCUGAUUCAGAACAUCUCCUCAGAGUUCUCCCGUGCCAAAGAUUUUUCUUUUAUUCCCCAAGAGCCGUUUCAAUUAAAUUGAAUCCUGGCCAUCAGGGCUUUCAUGAAAUACAUUAUAAUCCUCCAAGUUGUACAGCGAUAUUUUUUCUACCAUUGGCCUUCAACUGAGGAGAUUAAGUGCAUAUCAUAGAAAUGAAGCUGCUACUGGAAUGGUUCAUGUAAACAACCAGACAUGCAAAUAAAAUAAUCAGUCAUUCAGUCAGUGUGCAGUCAAGUGUAUUUAAAGCCCUGUGUGCAUACUUCAUUAUUUAAUGCUGACAGUUCCCAAUGUUCUGUCACAAUCACAAUAUUUGCUCUGAAUCAGCCAUCUUCCGUGUUCAUGCAUUAAAGUCAUCCUCUAGUUAGGACAAUUUGAUAUGUGUGAAUGUGACGAUGACUCAUCUAAAUAAAGUAUUGCCUAAGUAUCUCA